AUGCCGAGCAGCGGUGCGGAGCGGCCGGGGCUGCCCCCGGGGCGCGCGGGGGCCAACGGGGGACGGACAAACGGCCACGUCUCGCCCGCACGGAAGGCGAAGGAGCCCCUGCAGAAGCGGUACCGGGUGGGUUCGCUGCUGGGCAGCGGCGGCUUCGGCCGCGUCUACGCGGGGACCCGCCUGGCGGACGGAGCCCCGGUGGCCAUCAAAUGCGUGUCCCGGGAUGGCAUCCAGCAGUGGGGCGAGCUGCCUGACGGCACCCGGGCACCCCUGGAGAUCGUGCUGCUGGACAAGGUGUCCAAUGGGUUUCGCGGGGUCAUCCAGCUCCUGGAGUGGUUCGAGCUCCCCAACAGUUUCUUGUUGGUGAUGGAACGUCCGGAGUGCUCUCAGGACCUCUCUGGCUUAAUCACGGCAUGGAGGUUCCUGCCGGAGGAGAUGGCGUGGGGGCUGUUCCGCCAGGUGCUGAAGGCCGUGCGGCACUGCAGCAGCUGCGGCGUCCUGCACUGGGACAUCAAGCCCCAGAACAUCGUCCUCGACCUGGCCACCGGCGAGGCCAAGCUCAUUGACUUUGGAUGUGGCAUGUUCCUUCAGGACACGGCCUACACCCAGUUUGCAGGAACACCGUCGUACAGCCCGCCAGAGUGGAUCUGGCUCAAAAGCUACCACGGCGAGGCGGCAACAAUCUGGUCCCUGGGCAUCCUGCUCUACCAGAUGGUCUGCGGGGAGCACCCUUUCUGGAAAGGCAGGAGCACCAUCUGGGACCAGCUCCCGUUCCCACGAUGGGUCUCUCAAGGGUGCCAGCACCUUAUCAGGUGGUGUUUGUCCAUCCGCCCCUCGGACAGGCCAUCGUUGGAAGACCUAUUCUGCCAUCCUUGGGUGCAGGGCGUUCAGCUGCCCUAGGAGACGGGAGAGAUCCACGUGCUCAGUUUGAUCCAGGGGCCUGGCAA